UCAUUCGAACACGAAAAGUCUCCGCUGGGUUUUGUCGUGGCUUUUGCUGAGCUCCAAUUCGCGAAUCAAUUCCGUUUCAUUCAGUUUAAAUUUCCCAUUUCGAGAAAGUGUACCCGUUCCGUUUAAAAGCAUCCGUGUAUUUGCAGAAUGAUUUCAUAACAGUUGUUCCGAGUAUAUAUUAGUCAGCUGCAGCAGUACUGUAACGACGCCGAUAAAAUAUUACUGCGAGCAAGACCAGAAAAAACGACAUAAAAAUGGGAGGUUUUAUGUCGUCCCAGCACAGCCGAUCGGGGAAAACAGUGGGCGAACGGUCGGAAGAAGAAAAUGACCCAAGCGUUGGUAGCCGCGCGUCUACCUUUCCCACGAACGAUGACAAAAGUUGUGCAAUAGUAGGUAAUAAAUCAGAAGUUUACACGGAAAACGAUUGCGCUAAUGCUGGAAGCGAUCCUGACAACAACCAUUGUCCUGUCGCGUCCUGUAGCAGCGAUGGGGAAAAGUGUGCAGAACUGAUGGAGUUUCGCCAGGAAUUAACGGUAAAACGUGAGUUGCGAAAAUCAAAAAUGGCGGAUAUCAAGCACGAAAUGGACCAGCUGAGAAAAGACCUCGCGGAGGAAAAAGGGAAAAAUCGUGCGCUGAUACGUUACAUUCAAAGUCAACAACACACAAAGACAACCGCGGAACCAGCUGCUGCUGACGGUGACGACGAAUUGAGUUUACCGGAUGCAAACGACGGGGCAGAAACAGUGCAAAACGAAAGCGAGAACGACGCGGAAAAACAGCCAGAACAAAGCGAUUCUAGUUCAAGCACCUCCGCAGUUGCUCCGGACGAUUUACGCCUCGCACUGAAGAAAGAUCUAGCUGAGUCACAGCUUCAGCUGCAGACCGCCAACGGGGAGAUUCUCACCCUGCAGAGUGUGAUCGAUCAGUUACGAGCGCAAGUUCAAACCCUCCGGACGCCGUCUGCCGAGGAGGAAGCCGCUGUGGCCACGCGGAACCAAGAGUUUCGGAAACUAAAAGUUGAACUAGCAGAUUCGCAGUUUCAGCUGCAAAUUUCGAACGCUGAAGUGCUAAGCCUACAGAGUGACAUUGGACAGUUGAAGAAUCAGAUCAAGGGCCUGAAGGACGUGAUCAAGGCCGGCAAAGAAAUCAUCACCAUUCGUGAAGAUCAAGUCAAGCAGCUAAAGGCGAAACUGCGCCAGAUCGAGGACUCGCUGCAGGAGCGGGAAAUGCACUUGAUGUCCGCCGAUUUGCGCCGAGAGUACGAACGACAAAUGACCAACAUCCGCAAUCUACGCGAACUGUACGAGGAACGGGAACGGGUCUCGCGGAUGGAGCGCGACAAUCUGCUGCGGCAGCUCGAGCUGCGUAAAAACGAUCUCGAAGCGGAACAGGAAAAGAACAAAAAUCUUGAGUCGCACGUCGCUAGCAUGCAGACCGACUUGGAAGCGACAAAAACGGAACUCGCCCACACCAAGGAACGGUUAGACCAAUCGUUGUCCGAGUCGAAACAACUGCAGGCCGAAAUGAGCGUCGUAAAUCAAUUUAUAUCUAAGUUCCUGCUCGGAAUGAGUCGAAAGCAGCCACCAGGGGGUGUGAAUCUGGACAAGCUGACCGAAGUGCUGGAGGAGAACCGGGGGUUGCUUAUCGAAAUGACCAAACAGGAAGCGGAAACAAUCGAUUUGGGUGCGUUUUUGCCGCGUGCUUUGUAUGAUUUGGUAGCCGAAGUGGACGACCAAAACAACGACCCGGAUGCAGCAGGGGAAGGCAUGAGUGAUGAGAAGAACGCACCCACUGCGGUGACCAGCGAUGGGCGAGGAUGGUUCACCGAGGAUGGACAGAAAGCUUCACCGGAGCAAAUCGCUGACAAAUUGCCAAAAGUGUGGCGUGUUUUGAUUGAGUUGGUGAAUCACCAGGAGCACGCGGAGCCGGUUCCCUUUGUGGAAAACGGAGAGAGUGAUGACUGUCUGAAAGUAGAGCAAACCAAUAACGGAACGAAGACUGUUGUAAGCGUGAGCAAAACCUACCUUAAACUAAAGGAUCUCAUUCUGGAGAAAAAAUCGCUGAAAAAGGAAACCAACCGGCUGAAGACACUCAACACCCACUUGGAGCGCCGUUUGGAAACGCAAGAAAAGCGUCUCAGUGCAGUGAGUCUGGAGUUAACUAAAACAUGGCAUCUGGUUGGCAAAAUGCAACGCCAACACAGGCAACUGCACACUCAGGAGCAAAUUUUACGUUACCAUUUGCAGCAAAAGCGACGUCUUCUAAGCGAGCUGAAGGAAGAACUGGAGUACUGCCGCCUGAAGUGGUCCGCCGCUCGACAGAAAAACAUCGAAUCCGAGGAUCAGUGGCGAAUUUUGAAGGCCGACUUUGUGGCACGCAAGAAGCAGGACUCGUUGAACAACUCGGGCGAAAGUGGGUACAGUGACGAGCAGCCGACCGACGACGAGGACGAAGAAUACUCCGGAGGACAGAAAACGUCACAAAGAUCGGAGAAGAUUAGAAAUUUGUUGGUUAAUUUCAACCGCUGUCGAAGCUCCUCCCUGACGGGUGUCGAACCGAUUGCCAUACUGACAGUUAGAAAGUGUCACAGUGAAUCGGAUAUGAAAUCGCUUAACAACGUUGAGCGAACCAAUCAGUUUUGUAAUGAAAAAAUUGAGGACCUUUUUCCGGAGGAGCAAAUAAUUAAAAAACCAAAAACACAGAAAAAGAAAAAGGAGAAAAAGAAAACUGGCCCGGAAACUGCCGAGGAGAUGUUUAUGCGGCUUGCCGGACUUGGGCAGGAGCAAACUAAUGUAGAUGAAGAUGAUGAUGAAGUCGAUACCGAAGAAGAAGCUAGUGAUGAUUCCGAAUGCUCAGAAAUUGAAAAGAUCGAACAGAGAAGCUUAAGUCCCGUUGAAGAACUUCCCAAAGAACCGGAAUUAACCAGCGAAGAGGUAUUCAAUAUGAAACGCGAAGCUCGGCUGAAGCGUAUGGAAGAGCUAAAUUCUAGGUUGGAUAGUUAUGUCACUCCAGCGAAAUCGGACGAAAAUGAAAAUAGCUCUACAGAAGGUCCAUCCAGAGUGCUGUCACCUACUGAAGAGGACUAUUUACAGAGAAGAGCAGCACGGCUAGAACGUCUAGAACGAGAGGCUAGGGAGUUUCACAACAAGCUCUCACGAACUGUGACUCGGGGAAGCGAAAUUUCCGCUCAAAUCGAUGAAAUUCACAACGGGUUCAUAGCCAGACAAUCGGAAUCUCCCUCGACUGGUUGUCCAUCGGAGCAUCAACCAGUUGCUAACCAAACUACAGAACUUUUCCAGACUGAGCAAGCAGCUCUGACGGAACGAGAACGUGAUUACACACAAAGUCGAUCCGAUCGUCUCCAGCGAUUGGAAAACCAAAGUCAAUCAUUGCUAGAUCAAAUGAAUCGAACCCUACAAAGAGGAUCACGAUUAACUACACGACUCGAUUCACUACACUCGCGCUACAGCAGUAGCGAACAUCACAGUGAAAGUGAAAGUUCACCUAAAGACUCCACAGUGGAGAUCACGACCGAAAGCAUUGAAGAUUCGGACGAGUUGUCGCACAGCAGUCCGAAAGUGCCCGUUGAGCAUCAAAUAGUUCCUCUCUCAGCUGCCGUCGACACGGUUUUGUUGGAAAAUUCUAUCGUCAUACCGCCCAACGGACCAAUCGAGCUGGUGCUGGUGUCAGACGAGGAAUAUGCCGACGAAAUCGAGGUUAACCUUCAUCCUACAUCUGUGAAUGCUACCUCAAGCGUGGAGGAGGAGAAGCUAGACGAGGCCACGUCUUCUCACCAAUGAAGCGCCAACUAAACUACUUUUUAUUAUCUCUACGCAAAAGACAUGUCCACCAGAAUGUCCUCAAAUUUAUAUUUUCAACCACUUUUAAUGUAACGUACUAAUGAUGAAACCGUUUCUGUGUUAAUAUAGUAGCUACCACAUUUUUUUAGGAUAAUAAAUCAAAAUCACUAU